GCCUAGGGCGAGGGGCGUGAGACGUUCUGAAGGAGCCCCGGAGGGGCCAUUUAAUCCGACAGACCCCACAGGCUUAGUCGGGGCUCUGCCGUGUCAUGCCCCGGAGCCCCCGGACCGUGCCAAGCUGGGCGCUGUUGCUGCGGCUGCUGGCACUUCUGCGGCCACCGGGGCUGGGCGAGGCGUGCAGCUGCGCCCCCGCGCACCCCCAGCAGCACUUCUGCCACUCGGCGCUUGCCAUCCGGGCCAAAAUCGCCAGUGAGAAGGUAGUUCCUGCCAGUGCAGACCCUACUGACACUCAAAAAAUGAUCCGGUAUGAAAUCAAACAGAUAAAGAUGUUUAAAGGGUUUGAGAAAGUCAAGGAUGUUCAAUAUAUCUAUACACCUUUUGAUUCCACCCUCUGUGGUGUGAAACUAGAAGCAAACAGCCAGAAGCAGUAUCUCUUGACUGGUCAGGUCCUUAAUGAUGGCAAAGUCUUCAUCCAUUUGUGCAACUACAUUGAGCCCUGGGAGGACCUCUCCUUUUUGCAGAGAGAAAGUCUGAAUCACCACUACCAUCUGAACUGUGGCUGCCAAAUCGCCACCUGUUAUACAGUACCGUGUACCAUCUCGGCCCCCAACGAGUGCCUCUGGACAGACUGGCUGUUGGAACGGAAGCUCUAUGGGUACCAGGCCCAGCAUUACGUCUGCAUGAAGCAUGUUGAUGGCACCUGCAGCUGGUACCAGGGACGCCUGCCCCUCAAGGAGUUUGUUGAUAUCAUCCUGCCCUAGUGGGGACCAGUAACCACCACAUUCCUUCAGGAGUUCUGAAGACCAAGACCGUUCUCCCUCCCUGCAGAGCUCUAGUUACCACCAUCUGCCUCGUCGUUGCCAGCCAAUGGGAAAUGCCAAGCGGAUGGUUUAGCUAGCAUUAGAGCAGGGAUGGGGCGUAUUAUAGCUUGUGUCCAAGACCCCAGCCCAGCACCGGUCAAAGGCUAGGGAAAGUAGCAUGACUUUUCUAUCCUGCCCUCGGCCCUUCUCCCCCGCCUCCCAACCCUCUUAGUCUAGUCAGUACCUGCUACUUAAAGUUUUGACUCUGGCUUAGUUUGUUUUCCAAAGCCAGAACUACUUCCUUUCUCCACAGGAAAAUGUGUUUUCUCUUACCUUAGCUGAUCUGAGAGGGGAGAAACGGUGAAUGCUACACACAUGAGAUGGUGCAGGCUUCUGAUGCAAAACACGAGGGGGGUUGACAGCAUCAUAAAGAGGCUGGCUUGGAGGCAUGAAAAGAACAACAGACUGUGGUUGUGUAGCCUCUACUCCAAUCUCAACUCAUCCUAAUUCUCUCAUAUGCUUCCAUCUGUCUGGGGGAGUGACUUGCAGGGUCAUGGAGUCUCUCAGUGUGAGACCCCCAGAGACCUAACCUCCCUCCAUAUGCUGUAAUCCUCUUUACGUCAUUCUGGCAGAGUCCGGCCCCGUCAGCACACCUCUUUGGGCAAGAACAGACUUAGGUAUGGUUUCACCAGGUUAACUCUGCUUACCGCCCUCGACUGACGUCAUAGGUUCUCUUCUGUGUCUUUCAGAAAGUCCCUCUCUACUGGAUUACUAAUGACUUCAUUCCUACAUCAGAACUUUUUUUAAGCCAAAAAGCCUUUCUCUUGUAGAGUUGAAAUGCCCCGUUAGUUUUUGACACCACAGAGAUAUCUUACAAGGUCUUCUCUUGUGGGCAAAUUUCAAGAUAGAGGACAAGAGAGAAAUAACACAGGGCCCGUGGCGGGGGAAGGAUGGUAGAUGGAGAAUGUACUCUGCAAUUUUUUUCAAGGUUUUUUUUUUUUUUUAGUGUCAGCCCUGCUAAAUAUUAAAACAGGAAAUCUCCAGCUUUACUCCUCGUCCUCCCUUCAGCUUAGUCCCCUCACCACUGUGCUGGACUCUGUGAGAACUCCAAGCACAGACUCCUUGGGGUUCCUCAACUUCUGCAAAGCUUCCUUGCUUGCUCUGAAAGGAAAAGCCCUGAUGUUGGUCUCAAGGAUUUAUUAAGGACAAAGGCUUAAAGUUCCAGAGCCUCUUCCUGGGGGAGCUCUGACAAAGAUGAAGGAGCGAGUUCUUUUCAAGGUCCAAGGUUGUUGUUACUCAUUUUCUGUGUGUUGUUUGCUGAUAAGUGGGGCCGUGCACAAUAUGCCAGAAGAAGGCUUCUGGUUCACAAAAGUGGUGCACAUGGAGAUUCUUUUUGGAGAACAGAGUGGGAGGGGAACAAACAUAAUAUCUGUCCUAGAGUACACUUGGCAUGCUCUGGCAGAGAGUCUCCAUUGGUGAGGUAAGCAGGAUUACCACCUGACCAUGAAGGCCUAGGGCGGAGGAUGUGGGGCCAGAGAGGAAGAAGGGGGCGGAGUUUGAGGUCUCCAUGGAGGAAAACAUUAGCAACAGCCUCUGUACCAACCAACCAAGCCAUCUCUCUGCUCCUUCUGAGGUCCUUGGAAGACCUCAGAGAAAGCAGAGUGUUAACCCAGUGUUAUUGCCAUCUUGACAAAACCAAGGGAAUGGAAGGGCCUGGUAAUAACCGGAACAACACCUUACAUCUGAGGAGCACUUCACACUUUUCCAGAAGACUAUUACUUAAAGAAUCUCACUUAAAUUUUGUAAGUACCAAAUUAGGUAUCCUGGUCAGAAAUAAUUUUGCCCAUUUGACUUUCCAAUUGGGAAAGGGAGCCACAGGGAGGGAAUGUAACUAGUCCAAUGACAUGUGGCAGGGUCAGGGCUAGGACCCAAAGCAGUGGGACCUUCUGACUGGUGAGCCACAGGUUUAUGGCUUUCUCAGCUAAACUACCUUGUUUCUGCUCUGCCCUAUUCUGUCUCCAGAUUUUGGAGGCAAGGAGCUCUGUCAGCUAAAAUCCAGCCACUCUGGCUCCACAAAGCAGGUCCACAGUUUAACCCCAACAGAAUCUCGGGGGUUGAGAGGCUGAAGUCCUCUUCAGGGCCCCAUAGUCACAUGUGACGAAGCUCAGCGUGGAAAUAGCAGAGACUAAAGUCCCCCCUCAGUC